AUGGAGACAAAAAUGAUUUACUUCACAGUGAAUGGAAGACCAGAACGGGCCGAGUUCCCAUUGGACUGCCCUGCUCAGGAUGUCAAAGAUCUAUUCCGCUCAGCAGCUGAAGCCGGACCACACGACAUCCUGAAGCUGUACAAUCCCAAAGGCAACAUCAUCAACAUCUCACCUAAUCUGGAACCUAACAAUCCCAACUCUUGCUACAAACUGGAAGUGGUGGCUUCCGACUGCAACAGUGAGCCGUUAGGCAUGGAGCUUGCUGGUGCACUGGGAUUUGACCUCUCGUCUAUGGAGAAAAGACUUCAGGGCCUGGAAAAGAAAAUACUAAUUGAAGCAGGAGACACACCCGCGGUCGUCUAUGAGAUGAAGAAACAGGUGGAUUCAUUCCGGGAGAAACUGGAGAGUGUGGAGCAUCUGAGCUGGCUUGGGUUGUUCAAGGACUUGUCAGAGGGAACCCACAAGCCUUCUCCAUUCUACCACAAGAGAACUUUACAUAAAACCAAAGAAGAAUGUGAGCAUGUGCGGGAAAAGUUCCUUCAAAUGAGUUCUUUGGAGGUAUCGGAGGAAGUAAGGCAGUACUUAAAGACCCCAACGUUUGACAACUGGCAGUGGGAGGAUGCAGAAAUCAUGGUGCUCCUUCAAGUCAUGUACUCAGACUUAGAUUUCAUUGCCGCCUACAAUAUCGAGACUGAAGUAUUACAACAGUUCCUGUUUGAAGUCUACCGCAGAUACAACAACAUCCCUUUUCACAACUUCAAGCACUGCUUCUGUGUCACACAGAUGAUGUAUGGUUUAAUAUGGCUCACGGAUCUGAGAAGUAAAAUGGACAGCAUUGACUUGCUCAUCAUGUUGACGUCUGCAGUUUGCCAUGACCUUGACCACACUGGCUACAAUAACGCCUACCAGAUCAAUGCUCGGACCGAACUUGCUCUUCGCUACAAUGACAUCUCUCCACUGGAGAACCACCACUGCGCCGUAGCUUUUGAGAUACUAGAGAAGACAGAAAGCAACAUCUUCAGAAACGUGUCUUUGGACCAGUACAAACGUAUCAGGGAAGGUAUCAUCAAAUGUAUUCUGGCCACUGACAUGACGAGACACAAUGAGAUCCUCAACAAGUUCAAGUCCAUUCUUUCUGCGUUUGACUUCACCAACAAGGACCAUAGAGAUGUGCUCAUGAUGAUUCUGAUCAAAGUGAGCGACAUCUCCAAUGAAGCUCGGCCCAUGGAGGUAGCUGAACCCUGGCUGGAUUGUCUUUUGCAGGAAUUCUACAACCAGAGUGAUGUGGAGAAGUUAGAGGGUCUUCCCGUCACCCCCUUCAUGGAUCGUGACAAGAUAACCAAACCCUCAUCGCAAACUGGCUUCAUCCGAUUUGUAUUGUUGCCUCUUUUUAUCGAGCUGGCCAACCUCUUUCCCUGCCUUGAGCAACACAUAAUUGACCCGGUGCGGAAAGCCUUGGACUACUAUACCGAGAUGGAGAAAGCACUGGAAAGAGAAAAACAGAACCGUGCUCAGUGUGAAAAAGCAGUCAAGAACAAGGAGAUACCAGUCGACCUGCAGAGCACAGAUGAGCACCAGGCUUUGAAAAAAGACACAGUCAACUAACCAAUUGAACCAAGCCAGUUUUGUGAUGAAUACGUUGUUUAUGGGGCUGCACAUAUAGGCCAACAAUGGGAAUAAUUAUCAAUAACUAAAUACUCAAUUGAUUGCUAAGAGCAUAUUAUUGUGAAGAACUACAUUUAA